AUGGUUUUCGGUUGCUCAACAUUUGCUAUUCUGGCAUAUCGAUUCGGCCUCAAGCCAAUGCUGAUCAUCGGUACUUUGGGCUAUGCUCCAUAUUCAGCCGCAUUGUACGUCAAUAAUCGAUACGGAACUGAGUGGUUUGUUUUAUUUGGAGCCACAACUUGCGGCAUCGCUGCUUCGGCUCUUUGGGCUACCAAGGGGGCAAUCGCUCAUGGUUAUCCAGCGGUGAACGACAGAGGAAUUUACACCGGGAUCUGGCUUGUUCUGAGAGAACUCGGUCAACUCAUUGGCGCAUCGAUCCAGCUCUCCUUGAACCACAGGUCAGCACAGACGGGCAAGGUCGGGUAUAACACUUAUCUUGUGCUAAUCGGGCUUCAAUAUCUUGGAUUUCCUCUCGCACUACUGAUUUCGCCUCCCGGGAAGGCGAUUCGUUCUGAUGGCACGCGCGUCCCGGAUCCUAUGAAGGCGAAGUUGGUUACGGAUCUGCUUCGCGACUGUCAUGAUAUCGUUACUCGGUUGGCAAUUCGCCAAUGA